AUGAUGUUCAUUAUAUAUUAUGGAUUUACAGAGAUUUAUUUCAAAUUCAAUGGACCAAAAUAUAAACCUUUAGAAGUUCAAGUACAAAGUAAUGAUGGUGAUGUUGAUAAAAUCAUUGAUCUGGAUGAUAUACUGGAAGGUGUCACCAUCUUAAGACCAAUUAAAGGUAUUGAUCCAGAACUAGAAAUAUGUUUAGAAAGUUCAAUAUUACAAAAAUAUCCUAGUGAAAAAUUACAAAUUAUUUUUUGUGUGGAAAAUUCACAAGAUCCAGCUAUACCAAUCAUUGAAAAACUUAUUAAAAGGUAUAAUCAUUUAGAUGUUGAAUUAUUAAUUGAUGAAUCCUAUGAAGAUAAUCAUUUUGGUCCAAACCCAAAGAUUAAUAAUUUAGCAAAAGGUUAUAAAAUGGCAAAAUUUGAUAUAAUAUGGGUCUUGGACUCAAAUGUUUUCGUUAAUCCAGGAACAUUAUUAAGAUCGAUUAUAAAUUUACAAAAAUCUAUUGAUAAUGGUCGAGAAACAUUUAAUUUUGAUACUGGUAAGGGGAAUAAAAUUAAAAUUAUGCAUCAUGUUCCAUUAGCUGUUUCAAUAAAUAAUUCAAAUACAUUAGGUAAUUUAGGUGCAAGAUUAGAUGAAAUGUUUUUAUUUACUUCUCAUGCUAAAUUUUAUGUUUUUUUCAAUAAAGCUUCAAUUGCACCAUGUGUUAAUGGGAAAUCAAAUAUAUAUAGAAAAUCUGAUUUAGAUUCAUCUGUUAUGGAAAUUUCUAAAGGUCAAAUACCAUUAAUAAAUAAUAGAGAAUCUAUUGCUAAAGCGGCUUCAACUUUUGUUAAGACUCCAGGUGAAGGUAUAAGAUUUUUUUCUAGAUAUAUUGGAGAAGAUAAUAUGAUUGGUAUUGCCCUCUGGAAUGAUCCAAAUAAUGGUGGUAGAACAGGUAUGACUGGUGAUGUUGUGAUUCAACCAAUUGGUGGCUCAACAAAUAAUGGACUACCAUUUCAUUAUACAAAUAAAAUCAUGGAUUAUGUUAAUAGAAGAGUUCGUUGGUUAAGAGUACGUAAAUAUAUGGUGUUAGCUGCAACUUUAGUUGAACCAACUACGGAAAGUUUAUUAAUUGGUGUAUUUGGUACUUAUGGUUUAUCAAAUUUAUUUUUCCAAGGUCAAUAUAAAAAAACAAUCAUGUUUUUGCAUGAAUUAAUUUGGUGUAUCACUGAUUAUACUCAAUUUAAAAUAUUAUUAAAAUUUGCCAAUCAAGAUAAAUUACAUGAUAAUCAGACUAUAUCACCAUAUUUUAUAAAUGAUCAUAUCGAGGAGAAAUAUAAAUUGAUUAAUUGGUUACCAAUUUGGAUUUUGAGAGAAAUUUUAGCAUUACCUAUUUGGAUCAUGGCAAUGUGUGGAACAGAAAUUGAUUGGAGGAAUAGACCUUUCAAAAUAAGGACUGAUUUAUGUGCAGAAGAGUUAUAG